GAGAUUACUCCAAGCAAUCACCUCUUCCCGACAACCAAACCAAAAACACAACUAGCUAUGCAGUUCAAGAUCUUCGCCAUUGCCGCCAUCGCCAGCCAGGCCGCUGCCACCCUCGACCUUCUCACCCACUCGCAGAUCUCCGAGCGUCUGUUCGGUCUGUCGACCGAGCAGGUCAAGAACAUUGACCGCGCCAUCCAGGAGGCUGCUGCUCCGAUCGCCCAGGUUGCCGGCCAGAUCGUCCGCAACAUGAACGGCUCUGGCGAGGAGGUGCUCCAGACCGGCCAGAAGGUUGUCCGCCAGGCCGUCCAGGCCGUCCACGAGGCUCUGACCCCCGAGGUCCGCGCCAAGAUCCGCACUGGUGUUUCCAACGCUGUCAAGACCACCCUUGACACCUACUUCUAAACCCCUCGCCUUCCCUUUUACUUUUUAAAGCUCGCUUUCGUGAUGGCGGCUAGCACCAAUUGACUUUUCGUCCUUGCUGUAGUUUGCACUGCUCGCUUCCUGAGUAGGUAAACCCGGCUCGAUGUGGUAGUCUAGGUCUAGCUGGCCGCUAUUGCUGGAGGGGGUCCAAGCAGCCGACGGGUAUGUUUUGCUGGAGAUGCCGACAGCCUUCUUCUUCACUCAUUCGCCUCUAGGUUGCUUUUUCACUAUUCUAGUUUUCUCAUCGCGGAUUGAAUAUACCAAACUAGACACAUA